AUGAGCUCCAACAGGCGCCACGCCCACCGAUCGCUCGCCAAUGGAUCCUCGUCGCCCACCCGCGCAACCAUUCCGCCGGCCUUCCCCCGGGACGCCUCUCCGUCGUCCAGAGGCGGAAGCGGAGGGCGCAAGCCGACCAAGAAUAGGCUCGAGAGCAAUGCUGGUCAUCACGCCUCCGCUUACGCCAGCAACCCUAAUUCUGCCGGACCAGCUCGGCAGCAGCAGCAGCAGCAGCAGGGCGAGGCCUCUGCGCUUAUCGGGACUGUUUCUACCGGGGUUAAGAGAGGAGAUUCCAGCCUGACUGUCAGUGCGGCGAGCAGGAAGGCAGGUGUGGAGAAGGGGGAUUCGGACUCCGCGCAGAUUCGGACUCCGGGCAGCAGCGGCGGCAGCACGAGAGGGGUAAGCAGCAGCAACAGCAGCAGCGGCAGCAGCAGCAGCAGUAGCAGCGGUGGCAGCAGCGGAAGCAGCGGAUGCAGCAAGGGGGCGGAGAUGGGGACGGGGGGUGUGCGGGAGGUGGGGGUGGAGGCGAUGUUCUUUGUGCACAUGUGUGUCUUCCUCGCCUUCCAGCUGCUCUGCCUCCACCGCUCCGCGCUGCAUGAUAUCAACUACCACGUCGCCCUUCUGGUGUGUCUGCUUCUCCUGCGCCGUAUAGUCGCCUGUUUCAUUGACUUCCACCCACCUGCCGCCAAUAAAGCCUCCCCACCUCGGUCGGCCAAUAGCAGCAGUGCUAGCAGCAGCUUCCUCAGUCGACUCUUCCUCCUGAGUAGCAGGAGGAACGAAAGCGUCCUUGCACCUGCCGUGUCUACCAGCGGUGCUGGCAACGCCAUGUCCUCUGCAGCGGCCAGAGUAGGUGAUAGUGUAGCUGCUACUGCGGCUAGGAGUGCAAAAGAAGCGGCCAGCAGCGGUACAAAGGAGUGGAGGGUGAAGGGCAAGGCCGGGCCCGGAGGGGAUAAAGGCAGUGCUGGUGCUGAUGGUGGUGCUGCUGCGGCCGCCACUGCUGCUGCCAGGGAUCCGUUUCCGUUGACUGGUAGCGGCAUGGUGGCAGGAGAUGGGGUUAUCAAGGCUGGCAAUUACAACCACACAGAUAAUUGUGGUGAACGCGCAGGAAGCACCAUUGGCGCAGGAAGGGCAGGUGGUGGGGCUGUACGUGGCGGCGUGGUUCUGCUCGCGCUCAAGCUCUCCCUCUCCGCCCCCUCUUUGCUGCUUCCUCAUCGCCUCUGUUCCUCCUCUCCCUGCUGCUUUCCCAUCCCCUCUGUGUGCUGUGCAUCACAGGUGGGGCUGUACGUGGCGGCGUGGUUCUGCUCGCGCUCAAGCUCUCCCUCUCCGCCCCCUCUUUGCUGCUUCCUCAUCGCCUCUGUUCCUCCUCUCCCUGCUGCUUUCCCAUCCCCUCUGUGUUCUGUGCAUCACAGGUGGGGCUGUACGUGGCGGCGUGGUUCUGCUCGCGCUCAAGCUCUCCCUCUCCGCCCCCUCUUUGCUGCUUCCUCAUCGCCUCUGUUCCUCCUCUCCCUGCUGCUUUCCCAUCCCCUCUGUGUUCUGUGCGUCACAGGUGGGGCUGUACGUGGCGGCGUGGUUCUGCUCGCGCUCAAGCUCUCCCUCUCCGCCCCCUCUUUGCUGCUUCCUCAUCGCCUCUGUUCCUCCUCUCCCUGCUGCUUUCCCAUCCCCUCUCUGUUCUGUGCAUCACAGGUGGGGCUGUACGUGGCGGCCGUGGCUCUCCUCGCGCUCAAGCUCUCCCUCACCCUCCCCUGGCAGUCGCAGCUGCUCCUCUUCGUCCCGCCCAUCUGCUACGCCAUAAUCGUUGCUCUGCUCAACCACCAGAUCAGGUCCCUUCACCGCGACGCCCCUUCCUCUGCCCCUCCUUCCUCGCUCCCCUCCCUGCGCCCUGCCACUCUCCUCCCCGCUUCUGUCACAUCCGAUAAAAGCACCUCACCACCAGCAGCAGUACCUCCAGCAGCAGGAUCAGCAGCAGCAUGCGCAGCAGCAGCAGCAACAGCCCCCCUGUCUGUUCUUCAAUCCUCCACAGUAGCAGCUUCGCUUUCAUCACAAUCCCUACAGCAACCGCUCCUACUCCCUCAGAGCCAACCCACGUCCUCCCUUCCUCCUCCCGUCUCCUCCCUCCCUCAACCCCCCAGCCAUCUAUCCAGUGUAAACUCGCACCCUCACUCCGCUCCUCCCUCCUCCAUUCCCCACACCUCCACAUCUACACAUGACUGCCCAGUCCCACAGCGAAACCCACUGUCUAGUAUUACUCAUGGAGCCGGGACGACUCUCCAGCAGCCAAUCAACUUGCAUCCGGACUUAACCAACAGCAACCAGCCAAUGAGCGUUCAUCUGACGUCACAACAGACAAAAAUGCCCACUGGGGAGCCGCCUGGGGAGGCGGCAGGAGGGACGGGAGGGAGUGACGGCAGCAAGGCAGGUGCCAUGAAUGGUAGCAGCACGAUUACGAGCACCAGCACUAGCAGCAGCGAUGCGAGUACUGGCAUUGUCAGCACCAGCACGAGCAGCAACAGCACCACCACCAGCCUCACCACCAGCAGCAGUGCCAGCAGAGGUGGCAGCAUGAGGAGCAGCGGCAGCGGCAACGGCGCUGGUGCUGGUGGGAGUGUGUCUGCAUCGCCGUCUGACUUCACGCGCUUCACCCGCAAGCUGCGGCGCUGGCCCAAGCUGCUGAUGAGGCUGGUGUUGGUGGAGGCGUGCAUGGGGAGCUACCUGGUGGGCGUGGUCCCCAUCCAAGGCACCUAUAUGCAUGAGGACAUACUAGUGAGCCGUCUCUCGUGCUGCCUACUGCUGGGGUACGCGUUUGUGGGGGCGGCCAUGCUGUUGUUCAUGAAGGAGGCGGUGCUGCGGAGGGAGCAGGUGGAGUAUGUGGCGGCGCACCUGGGGUGCUGGCACCGCGUCGACGUGCCCAACUUCACCAUCAGCAGGGACGUGGCGGAGUGGAACCCCCACAGUGUGCCGUACAGCGAGGGCGCCAUCGUGCAGAGAGGGGGCCGCCUCUUUGUGGGCCUCGGCAGGUUCAACACCGCCCAGCCCGGCUCGCACUCUGCUGCUCUCCUCUUC